CUUGUCAAUCGAAAAGUCAGCGGUUUGAAUCCCGAGUGCCGCGUAAUGGGGUGAGCUCCCGUGACUUGUCCCAGCUUCUGCCAACCUAGCAGUUUGAAAGCACUUAAAAAAUGCAAGUAGAAAAAAUAGGGACCACCUUUGGUGGGAAGGUAACAGCGUUUCCGUGCACUUUUGGCAUUGAGUCACGCUGGUCACAUGACCACGGAGACAUCAUCGGACAGUGCUGGCUCUUCGGCUUUGAAACGGAGAUGAGCACCGCCCCCUAGAGUCGGGAACGACUAGCACCUAUGUGGGAGGGAAACCUUUUACCUUUACCUAAUCUGAAAGAAAUGAUGGAAUAGAAUCAUUAAAGGAUGCCAAGGAGGGGGCAGAAGGAAAUGUGAGAGGCAACAAUUCAAAUCUAUUUUUUUUGAAAUGAUUGAGUUAGAAUCGUUAAAUUGUCCUGCAGGGAGUCGGCUGGGACAAGUUGUCCCAUUCCCGUGUAGAACAUUCCCGCAGCAGGAAAAGAACACAGAUUUCUCAAGGGCUGCCAGGCAGAAGGGAACAUGUGGCUUAAGAACAUUGCAAAACACAUCCAACCUUUCGGACAAUUUGUCGUCCUUGACCGAAGACCCCCCACCACAAAAGGCCUUCAACAACCUGGAAAGUCUGAUUUUCGGCAAAGGGUUCCAAGCCAAGGUUUUCCCUGAAAUUAUUUCCUGUCUCCUGCUGGCCCUAUUUGCAUCAGGACUGAUUCAUCGAGUGUGUGUCACUACUUGCUUACUCUUCUCCCUGGUGGCCCUCUACUACAUCCAGAAGAUCUCCUCCACCAUCUACCAAAUGGCCACCCCGGUCUCCGUGCCGGCUAAGACGGUCAGCAAAAGCCGGAAAAGGAAUUAACGGCGGGAACGUCGUCCCCCUCCGCUUCCCAUCGAUGAAAUUUCAAUUAAAAAAACGUCUCCGUUUGGAGGAA